CUCCUCCCACACCCUAAACCUCCUCACAGAUGUGGGCUCUUAACCCCACCCAUCCUGAGGGCGGUCCUCACCCUCCCCCACGCACCCCCAAACCCCCACCCAGUAUGAGUGCCCGGCGUGAGCCCUUCACCAUUCCACCCAGCACCCCCUGGCAGUGAGGGUUUCCACACCCCUCUGCCGUGCCACCCCCGCCCCACCCCCGCCCCCGCACGUCAGGCGUCACGUGGGAGCCCUGCGCAACCCCCACCCCAGUACUCUCCUGCCGGUCCACACCCCUGGCCCCCAGUUCUUCGACUGCAGGCGUUUUCUGGGAAGCCCCCGUCACCUCACGGUGUCAUGGCUCUCUCGCCCGAGGGGACCCCGAGUGUGGAGGCCCUGGGCCGCUCCGACCCCGAGCUGCCCCCCGAGGAGGAGCCGUGGCAGGCUGCCUGCGAAAUCCGUGAGCCCUUCCUACUGCUCCUGGCCUCCUGCGCUGGGGGUGUCAUCGGGGGAGACCACAGGAGGGGGUCUGGGGGACCCUAUGGGAGGAGAGAGCACGGGGGUGUUGGAGGGACCCACAGCUGGGGGUGGACCUGGGGCCCUCCAGCCCACCUCAGGCCCCCUGCCCUCCCCUUUGUGGAGAGAAGCCCACCGGGCCCUCCAAGGUGGCAGGGGCCCUGGGCCGGGAGGGACAGCCCACAGGGGACACACUGGGCCUUGGGGCAUGAUUGGCGCUCCCCACAGGUCUUCCUGGCCGGAGGUGCUGGGUCAGGAGGGGUAGGCAGCACCGUAGGGGGGGCCCAAGCUGGGUGAUCAGGUGCGCCCCUGUGUUGGGAGCCAGGGUUCUCAGGCAGAGGCCCACCGGCCGUUUUCUCCCUCUGUCCGUGUCCUGUCUCCCGGCGGGGUCUCCAUGUGGUUGUCCCAGUCCUGGAGCCGGACACGGAACAGAGCAUGGAUGUCAUCCUGGUGGGCUCCAGCGAGCUGUCCGCGCCGGCUUCCCCUGCGCCCUGCAGAGGGCUUCUUGCGCAUGAAGUCAGGGUGAACCAGAGGGACAUAGAAGACGUGUGCAUCUGCUGCGGGAGCUUCCGGGUGCACACGCAGCACCCGCUGUUUGAAGGCGGCAUGUGCGCCCCCUGCAAGGACAAGUUUCUGGACUGUCUCUUCCUGUACGACGAUGACGGGUACCAGUCCUACUGCUCCAUCUGCUGCGCCGGGGAGACCCUGCUCAUCUGUGAGAACCCAGACUGCACCCGAUGCUACUGCUUCGAGUGUGUGGACACGCUGGUGGGCCCCGGGACGUCGGGGAGGGCGCAGGCCAUGAGCAACUGGGUGUGCUUCCUGUGCCUGCCCUUCCCCCGCAGCGGGCUCCUGCAGAGGCGGCAGAAGUGGCGGGGCGGGCUGAAGGCCUUCUGUGACCGCGAGUCGAAUUCGCUGGAGACGUAUAAAACGGUGCCCGUGUGGAAGAGAGAGCCAGUCCGGGUGCUGUCCCUCUUUGGGGACAUCAGGAGAGAGCUCGUGAGUCUCGGCUUCCUGGAGAGCGGCUCCGCCCCGGGGGGACUGAAGCACCUGGACGAUGUCACAGAUGUCGUGAGGAAGGACGUGGAAGCGUGGGGCCCGUUUGACCUCGUGUACGGCGCCACACCCCCCGUCGGCCAGGCCUGUGACCACCCGCCAGUGUGGUACCUGUUCCAGUUCCACCGCGUCCUGCAGUACGCCAGGCCCAGCCCAGGCAGCCGGCAGCCCUUCUUCUGGAUGUUCGUGGACAAUCUGGUGCUGAGCCAAGAUGACCGGCACGUAGCCACUCGCUUCCUGGAGGCCGACCCCGUGACCAUGCAGGACGUCUGUGGCCGAGCCGUGCAGGACGCCGUGCACGUGUGGAGCAACGUCCCAGCUGUGAGAAGGUCCCUGCACUCGGCCCUGGCUCCCCACGACGAAUUGUCCCUGCUGGCUCCGGACAGGCAGAGGACAAAGCCCCCAGGCCAGGGACCUGCCAAGCUGGUGAAGAAUUGUUUUCUCCCCCUGAGAGAAUAUUUCAAGUAUUCAACAGAACUCACUUCCUCUUUAUAAAUGAUUUAUUUUACUAUGAAGGAAAAAGAUUUUUGUUAGAACCAGGCAACUUUCCUUACAUUGUUUCUUUUUUCCUUUCAAAUUAUUAUUUUAUUUGCUUGAUUUUGGAUUUUCCAAGGUUGCCACAGACGUGUCUUCCCUUUGGGUGUGGUGAUGAGGGCCCAGCCCUGCGGUGCCCUUCUCCGAGGUGGGGGGGCAUGACGUUCCCAGCCCCCGACCGUUACGAAGCAUGUUUGCUGCUGAAAAUGUUUCUGUGUGCCGGUUGAGAAGUUAAAAAAUAUAUUUAUCGUGCUGGUUAUGGGUCA